AUGCUCGGCAAAACUUAUGUCGAUGUGCUCAACCUUUUGCAGUACGAAUUCACUCUUCCUGAGACGGAAGAAACUUGGAAAAGGCGUCAAGACCUUCUCUCUCAAUUGUGCGACAUCUUCGAGAAACGGAAGGAAAACGUGCCUCUCCCCAAAGACUUCACUGAAAGAGUCAAGACCAUAUUACCGGCGAUUGUUGAAGCAGUUUCCUCCGAACGUACCACUUUGUCCUCUCAGGCUUGUCGUACCGUAUCUCAAAUUGCACGCAACCUUGAGCAUCAGCUUCAGCCUCAACUGGACAUCCUCCUUCCAGCGCUCAUCGCUCACUGCGGCUCGACCAAGAGUGUGAAUCAGAAAAAUGCCAAUGACGCAAUUUCCACUCUUUGCCAGCAUGCUGGAUACAGCCCACGGCUCUUCUACCAUAUCACUGCCGCCUUCAGAGACAAACGAAUUCCUCCCCGAACCUUUGCACCAGAAUGGCUGCGAAUCCUUCUAAGCAAUUAUCGGGCACAAAUGGACGCAGACAAGGAUGGCCAUGCUGCUCAAAAGGCUAUUUUCCAAGGGCUCACUGAUGGACAGGUCAAAGUUAGAGAGAAUUCUCGUGCGGCGUACUGGGAGUUCGCCAAGUACGAUGCCCAGGGAGCUCGCAUGAUCAUGGGCGGAUUGAACUCUCAUGCUCAAGCUGCACUCCGUGACGAUCCUCACAACCCAGACAAACCCGCCAAAGCCGUUAGAGUCCCCAGACCAGACUCAGCUCUUGCCCAGAUUAAGGCGCAGUCGAAACAACGCCUGCACCAACAUCGUGGCUAUACACCGGCGUCGGUCAAGCAAGACGAUUUGGCCUUUGGCUCUAUGGAGGGGAUAAAUCUUCCUGACGAAAAACAGCCCACUCCCAAGGCUGCUCAUGAGCAUACCAAAGACAAACACAGCCAGGAAAUUGCUCACCAAGACACGGUCGGAAGCUCCCGACACGCUUCUCGUCAAAACUCUCAAAAGUCAUCUAAGGAUGUCAAAUCCGAUCCAGCAAAAGAUAUGAAGCCUACCAGUCCUCAAAAUGCACAGGGUGAUGCGCGACCGCUAUUGUCUGCGCCCGUCAGAAGAGGUCGUAUUGUUGCUACACCCAUUGCACCUGUGUCGAACAGCUCUCAACGGCCUGCUUCUCGUGGCGAGCCCAGCAAGAAAGCUCUUGACCACCGAGACAAAACUACAACCGAGAAAUCCUCUGGCAGGCAGACUCCCAUCUCACACUCUAACAAGGAUUCCGUCUCUUCGACUGCCAGUCAUCAUCGUAAGACCACCAGUCGGCACGACACCAUUCGAGCUGAAGCAAAAGAGCUUUCCACAUCCGCGCAUGGAGGAAGUGGGAAACGAAACGGCCGGCAGACUCCAGUUAUUGCCGAAGAUAAGGAGUCCAAUCCUCCCCCUGGCCUCGACAAUAUAAUACGAGAUGAACGUUCAGCCCCAUUGGCGGUCGAGGAGAAAUACAUGUCAGCCCCUGCUGCUUACAAGGACAUCCUCAAGGAAAAUGUGCUUACCGAACAAGUUUCUGUUGCCUCGACCCUGCCUCUGCGUCCCGUCCCAGUUUUCACUCCCGAAAUGCAGAUGCAGCCAGAACAUACACUUGACAGGACCAACCCCGUCGGAUACAUCCCUGACGGAAAGGAGAACACUAACAUCAUAUCAAAACAACCCGACAAAUCUCCAAGCCGAUCGUCACACAAAUCAUCGAGUCAAUCCCCAAAACGCUCUCCCAUUCGACGCAAUAGUAUCGCAUCGGCUAAAAAGUCGCUAGCCACUGCUAUGGACUUCCUUCGCCAUGGAAGCCUUGAUGCAUUGGGCUAUCGCAGACUUAGAAAGCUGAUUGAAUGCCACCCAAGUGUCCUGAUCACUCGCCAAUCACAGUUCAAUGAGUUGUUUGAACUGCUAAUUUCCAACCUGACUUCCAUAGAUGAAAUCGCAGAACCCCGAGAAAAGCGUAUUGGAAACCUCAAUCAUCCAGCCUACAACAGACAUACCAUGGUCAUCAUACUUGUAGAUCUCUUCAACCAAUACCCCCAAUAUCCGGAGCCACAUCCAGGAAUGACCUUGUGCGCGCUUAUUGUGGCGAGAAGUAAUCAUGGUUCAGGUUGGGCGUCCGCAUUAGCAGCUAUUGACAUGACUGCUCUCAACCUUUGCAACAGCACUCCGCAUCCUUUACCCGCAAUCGAUGCCGUGCUAGAUACACUGCAAUCGGUCGAAGCUAUCAUCAACAAAAGUGAUCUAAUCAGUACUCCUGAUUCCAACGUUACACAGCUCCUGAACAGCCUGAGGAGUGUUGCAAGUGAUUUUGGUCCUGACAAACCUCAAUUCUCAUCCCGCUUACCGCUUAUCUUGGCCUUUGGACUCAACAUUCUUGUCUUCCUCUUGUCUAAAGUCACUGCACUUGGUCAGACACUCUAUACCGUUCAGGAGGACCGUUUGGCAUCCUACGCAGAGCGUUUGCUUUCGACAUAUGCAUCUCUGAUGAGACGCAACAUCAUCGACUUCUGCAGGGCUUUGCACCACAUCAUCAAACCAGAGAGAAGAUUCUAUAACUAUUUCAGCAAGGAAUCCGACAAGAAUCUUAUCCACUAUUACGUUGCCGGUGCUUCGGGAACGCUCAGUGGAAGCUUGAGUAGCACGGGACGAGCAUUCAUGCCAGAAGACGACUACGAGUACAUGGAACAGGAGCCCUCGACUUAUGAUCCAAGCUUACAGAUGUCAGCUGACUGGAAAUCACUUGGAACCACAUUAAGGCAUGGAGUGCAUGGACAACAAAUCAGUACAGCAAAAUUCAAUAUGGGCGCUGCCGCUUCAAUUGGAGCUUCUGGCGAGCCAUCCGACAACUGGGAAGUCUUGGGGACCACUGUCGAGGAAUGA